AUGGGGUCAAAGUUUCACGCUUUUAUGUUCCCAUGGUUCGCUUUUGGUCAUAUGACUCCGUACUUACAUCUAGCCAACAAGUUAGCUGAAAAGGGCCAUAGGGUUACAGUUUUGCUGCCUAAGAAAGCUCAAAAACAGUUGGAACAUCACAAUCUGUUCCCAGAGAGCAUCGUCUUUUACCCUCUUACUAUCCCUCCUGUUGAUGGCCUCCCUGCUGGCGCCGAGACCGCCUCGGAUAUCCCCAUCUCGUUGGGGAAGUUCCUGUCCGCAGCCAUGGAUCUCACUCGUGAUCAGGUCGAAACCGCGGUUCGUGCUUUGAGACCGGACCUGAUCUUGUUUGAUUUUGCUUAUUGGGUUCCGGAAAUAGCUAAAGAACAUAAAGUCAAGAGUAUGAUGUACAACGUGAUUUCCGCUACCACUAUAGCUCAUGACCUUGUCCCUGGUGGUGAGCUAGGAGUUCCUCCACCUGGUUAUCCUUCAUCAAAGGUGUUGUACCGCGCACACGAUGCUCAUACCUUGUUGUCCUUUUCCAUCUUCUACAAGAGGGUUUAUCACCGGCUCACCACAGGACUUACGAACUGCGAUGUCAUUUCCAUUAGGACAUGCGAAGAAGUCGAAGGUAAAUUCUGCGACUAUAUCGAGCAUCAAUACCAGAAGAAGGUUCUCUUGACGGGUCCAAUGCUUCCUGAGCCAGAAAAGAGUACUAAGCCACUUGAAGAUCAAUGGAGUCACUGGCUGAGCGGGUUUGGACAAGACUCUGUAGUGUACUGUGCAAUGGGAAGUCAAAUCACUCUAGAGAAAGACCAAUUCCAAGAACUCUGUUUAGGNAUGGAGCUCACAGGUNUACCGUUUUUUGUAGCAGUAAAGCCACCAAAAGGANCAAAGACGAUUCNAGAANCNUUACCAGAAGGGUUUGCGGAGAGGGUGAAANGUCGUGGAGUGGUUUGGGGAGAGUGGGUGCAGCAACCAUUGAUAUUAGCUCAUCCAUCAGUUGGUUGCUUUGUAAGCCAUUGCGGAUUCGGUUCAAUGUGGGAGUCUCUAAUGAGUGAUUGCCAAAUAGUCUUGCUUCCAUAUUUGGCUGAUCAAGUUCUCAACACAAGAUUGAUGACCGAGGAACUAGAGGUUUCCGUGGAAGUGCAAAGAGAAGAUACAGGAUGGUUCUCCAAGGAGAGCUUGAGUGUUGCGAUCACAUCUGUGAUGGACAAAGAUAGCGAGUUAGGGAAUCUGGUGAGGAAGAACCAUGCCAAAUUGAAGAAGAUUCUAGUUACUCCUGGAUUAUUAACCGGUUACACUGAUAAGUUUGUAGAAUCAUUGCAGAAUCUAGUCCAGGGUACAAAUACAAUACCUUGA